AUGAACGCAGCCGCGGCGCGCUGCGGAUUGAAGCGCAGCCGCCAGGUGGCGUGGCAUGAUUUGCUCGCGGGAGUGAGCAAUCAGGAUAGGGUUACCCGCGCAGACAACCCAGGAAUUGCAGGGGCGUUUUUCGACACGGCGUUUGACUUCAGAUUCGUUCGGAACAUAGCGCGCCCGCCCUUCUCUAAGAACCCUGUGUGCCGGCACCUGCGGCGGGGAUGUGCCUUCUCCCUGCUGCGCCAGCUGCCACUCGUGCACCGGCCGCCCAAAGAGCUAGAGCUGCCGCCCGAAGAUCUGCAGCUGCCGCCCAAAGAGCUACAGCUGCCACCUGAAGAAUCGGAGAGGGGAACGGGCGGCAGCGAUGUGGGCGUGAGAGGAGUGGCGGUGGAUCCGGAUUUGAAGCUCAUUGCGAUUGUCUUUCCACAGAGCCAGGUCACGUCACCAACUUUCCUCCUCUGCCCAUUCCCUUCCAUUCGUUUUCCUCCACUUCUCCCCCAUUCCCUUCCAUUCGUUUCCCUCCACUUCUCCCCCAUUCCCUUCCAUUCGUUUCCCUCCACUUCUCCCCCAUUCCCUUCCAUUCGUUUCCCUCCACUUCUCCCCCAUUCCCUUCCAUUCGUUUCCCUCCACUUCUCCCCCAUUCCCUUCCAUCCGUUUCCCUCCACUUCUCCAUCCUCCCCUGUUUCCUUCCAGUUCCAUGCAUGCAGGGAGAACGAUCAGUUCUGGGGAGUCAAUUUCUCCGAGUGGGACAACGUCAAGCGAUCCUUUUUCCACCCCACCACCUUCCGCCCUGUCGCCCACCCCAUCGGCCCCGCAACUCCUCCCGAACCUCCCCAUACCGCUCUACACUUCAUCUCUACCCCCAUUCUGAACGCACUUCCAAUCUCCCACCCCCUCUCGCCCCUCUCUGGUGGGUAUUAUAACUUCCUUUCUCGCUCCCACCGCCGCCGAACCUCAGCUCUGGCCCGAGCCUACGGGUUCCAUGGCCUGUGCUACCACCACUACUGGUUCGGCUGCCGCCGAACCACGCUCGCCGAGCCUCUGCUCCGGAUGCUAGAGGACGGCGAGCCCAACCUCCCGUUUUGUCUUAUCUGGGCAAAUGAGCCGUGGACAAACCGGUGGGAUGGGGCAAAAGCGGGAGGGAACGGAGUGCUGCUGGAGCAGACGUAUGGGGAUGAGGAAUGUUGGAAGGAGCAUUUUGACUGGCUGCUGAAAUUUUUCAACCAUCCGAACUACAUCAAGGUAUGCUGUGCAACCCCUUUCUGGGUGGGUAGAUAG